AUGUAUGCAGAAGAUGAAGUCGAUUCGGAAUCAUUUCGGCCCUCAGAACAACCUGCUUGCGUUGUUGUUCUCGUAGACGAGUUGUUGUGGAUGGAUGCAAGCGGCAGAAGUGAACACCCCCGAACGUCGAGAAGCUCAUCUCGGAGACGACUACGCCGCAGUUUGAGUAGGUCUCGAAGAUCUACAAGUUCUCGCAGUAGUCUGAGUAGCAGUUCUGGAAUAUCGGAAAGCAGCUCGUCUAAAAGUAUUGGAUCUCAGAUGCGAAGGAGCAGACGGCGUAAAGGCGAAAGAAGCAGUCUGGGAAGCAACACAAGUGCGGCUGGAGAUCGAUUGCGUGCUGGCGGCAGCAGUCAUGCCAACAGCUAUUGUUACAAAGAGACUGGGGAGCAGAGGCCAAUUCACCAUACAUCGAGAUCUUUGAGUAGUAGAACCUUAAAAAGACAACGAAGACACUCGGACGGAGAUGAAUAUACUGAUACUACGGUUAAUACGGCGACGGAUGCUACAGCUAUGGGUGCUAGCGAAGAAGACCUCACUUCAAAGGCUUCUAAACCACAGAAAGAAAUAGAAUCUCAUGACAUCACCAAAAUGCGACAUUCAAGAGGUGCUAUUUCUACCAGCAGUCAUAGUCAUUCGACCAAGAGUAUUCGGAGUUAUGAUGGUUCAAGAAGCAGCAAGGAAAUUCUCUAUGGUACGGAUGGUGAUAUCAAGAAGGCCAAGACGACCAAAAUCCCUCGUGCCACAAAGCCGGGAGUUGAUAGAUUGCGCCACACUUGGCACAGCCCAUCUAGGAGUAGUCGCACUACGAUGGACUUGCUCUAUGGUGACAACAGGAAAAUUGACGAGCUCGAUCAUAGAAGCAGUAGGCACAGUAGUGCCAGUGAGCCUGGUAUGGAACGAGUGCUGGGAACUUUGGAACUGCUCUAUGGAGACGACCAAGACGACGUCAAGUGCAAGGCCCGAGUCAGCAAGAGUUCUCGCUCCUCCAAACCCGGCGUAGAACAAGUUGGCGGUGACGACGACGAUGGGUACUCUUAUGAUUUCCCGAUUGCAAGUGUGCCACGAGAAGUCUAUAGCAACACGGUUACAUUACCAGCUACUGUUGGUGAUGCUGCUGGUUAUGAUGAACCAUCAGCUCACGAUAGUAGGAAUGAUCAUCAUUCCACAGCUACUGCUGACUCUGUCACGAUUGUUGUGCAAGGAAAUAGUCGGGAAAAAAGGAGAACCAGCCCACUCUGUAUCAUUCUUUGUAUAUUGUUUGUUCUGCUUAUUUUGGUGGUUGCUGUUGUGGCAGGUUUUGUGCUACUGCAGGACCGCAGCGACAACAGCAAUGAAAAUACGCAAGCUAUUCUUGGGGGUGCCACCAACAUUACAGAUGCACCAACUCCAUCUGUAACUCUAUUUCCCACCGGAGUUUUAAACAGCAGUGCUCCCACUAUGAUUCCGUCAACUCGAUCUCCAUCGGGAGCACCACCAACCUAG